AUGGUAGAUCCGGAUCAUCCCAUGGACUAUGGCUCUCCUUCAGAAGAGCCAUCCAUGUACCCAGAUAUCGACGAGACCGUUCAGUAUCCUUGGCGGGAGAAUGAUGCUCUUGCUGCCCAGGGCAAUCCUGCUGACCUCGCGAUCGACCCGCGCUUGUAUCAAGAUCUCUUUGCUCAGAACGCGUCCAAGGGCCGUGUUCAUGAAGCUGGGGAUGUGUCUGAGGGUAGUCUAGCAUCUCCUCGGGAGGACUAUGCAGACAUCAUAGACGACGAUGAGUCCGACUUUCAGCUUUCAGAAGAGGGAAGUGCCAGUGAAGAGGAUGAGGAAUCUCCCGAGGAAGGUGAUUCUGAUGACUCUGGCGCAGAACGCCGCCGCCGCCGAGGUGGAGGCCGCUUCUCCGGCCGUUAUGGUGCCCGUGGCGGAAAGGGUAUCAAACGAGGACCACGAAAACCGCUGGAUCCUGGACCGGAAUUCAAGAUGUUUCAUUCAGAAGCCACAUCGGCUUUCAUUGAUGGUGAUUACGAUCGUGCCCACGAGUAUGUGAACCAGGCGAUCCAGAUCAACCCUGAAAUGUUCCCUGCCCAUUCGCUGUUGUCGGAAAUUUGGCUGGCAAAAGGAGAUAACGUUCGAGCCUUACAAGCGCUAUGGAACGGUGCUCACACUCGACCCAAGGACCCUACCGUCUGGAUGAAGGUUGCGCGCCUUCUUCUGGAACGCGCCGGUGAAAGCCGCGCGAGUGCGCUGAAUGACGUUAUCUAUUGUUACAGCCGUAUUGUUGAUAUUCAGCCUGGGAACUACAACGUUCGAUUCCAGAGAGCAGCACUCUAUCGAGAGCUUGGACAUAACGGCAAGGCUGCGAGUGAAUAUGAACGCAUUCUGCAUGAUAAACCAUACAGCACACGGGCUCUUCGACACAUAGCAGAGAUCUUCAUUGAUCUCAACGACGUUGAACGAGCAAUCACUCAUUGGUCAAAAAGCGUCAACCACUUCCUGUCGCUUGACCCAGAUCGAGUCCGAGAUUUCUCCUGGUCCGAUAUCAACAUUUAUGCGGAGCUCUUUGGAUACGUGAGCCGGCCCAGGGAGGGGCUUUAUUAUCUCAAAUCGCUCUCUAGAUGGAUCCUGGGUCGUAAGGAUGACAUUAUGUGGGCAGAUUUUGAGGACGAUGAUCGAGAAUGGGACUCCCAGGAUUCACCCCGCCGAAUCAAAACCGACGGAUACAUUCCCGGUCACUGGCCGCGAGACAGCUACGGACUUGGGCUGCCUCUCGAGCUUAGGGUCAAAAUGGGGAUGUUCCGACUGAAGAUGGGUGACAAGCAUCAUGCAGAGGCCAUGCAUCAUUUGGAAUAUCUGAAUCCCGACGAUACCUCUGACGGUGCUCGGAUCUUUGACUAUGGGGAUCUUUUCCGAGAAGUUGCAGAUGCUUUGAAAGAAGUUGGGUUGCUUGAAGAAGCUCUUCGUUUCUACGAGCCAAUUCAACAGACCUCGGACUAUGCCGACGUCGGGUUUUUCCUGGCAAUGGCCGAGUGCUGUAUGCAACUAGGCAAGGUAGAGGAUGCUGAAAGCUGUUAUCUCACAGUUGCCGACCACGACCCGAGUAACAUAGAGUCUCGCGCACAGCUAGCAAAGCUCUACGACAGCCUCGGAAUGCCUGACCAGGCAUACAAGUAUGUUAAUGAGGCUGUUCUGCUUAGCCGACAGGAAACCAGGACCCGUCGGAGAAGAAAAGAUGCUCGACUGGAACAGCUUGCUGCCGAGUUCAGGAGGAUUGAACCUGUAGCUCUUAGGCCUCUUGCGCCUAAACCCGUUCCAGUUGAUGUGUGGACCGGGGCUACUCCUGUCGAAACGGAGCCUGUGAAGCGGGGUGAAGCUGCCCGCGGAGAAGAUAUCAAGUUCCUUUAUGCAAUGAUGCAGCAACUGGGGCCCAAAGUCAAGGAUGGCAACGUUGAAGCCACCGAGGACUGGCUCGACAUUGCCGAUGCCUUGCUGCGCGAAUUCCGAUCAAAUCGGAUAUUCUACCCCAUGGCACGCACGACCGAAUUCCAGGGUUAUUCCACCCAAGCACAACGGAGGGCCAACGCAUCUAAGAACAGUGCAUUUUUGAACGAGAUGGAAGAAAUAGCGGGCCGCUUGCAGAAGUCGAGAGGUGACGAGGACCAAGAGGAACCACUACAAGGUGUAGUUCCAACUGAAUACCAUGGCAUUUCAUUUGAUACGUGGCUGGACAUAUUCCUUCAAUAUUCCCUCACCGUCACCGACCAGGGUGAGCCAAUCGAGGCUUACGAAGCCCUCGAAGCUGCUGCGACCGCUAGCGUUUGGUUUCACGAUAAGCGAAAGUCCCGCAUGAUUCAUGUCUGUUGGUUUACAUGCGCACUUCGAGCCCAGGACGAGGAUGCCCUCACUAGUGAGGCUCGUUGGUUCGUGAAGGAGUAUCAAUUUGUCACAGACACGUACCGCCUCUUCUCGAUGCUGAGCCAUCUCGCUGGGAAUCCUAAAAAGUCUCUCUUCAACUCGUCUCCUAGCAUGAAAUUUAUGCUCCGCCAGAUCAAGGCUAUGGAUUUCACCCUGCCGGACACAGAAGAUAAGCCAAAGCCGACGCGACAAUCCGUUUGGAGAGAACGUGCUGCUCUCUCAACCAAAGACGAGAAUGGAAAAGACAUACCGGCGUAUGAGCUGGAUAUCGCUCUGCUUGUGCUUUACGGCCACAUUCUUUACUCGGGAAACAGCUUCUACCCAGCUCUGAACUACUUCUUCCGUGCCUAUGCUAUCGACGACCAAAACCCAGUCGUUCUUCUCUCUAUUGCACUCUGCUACAUUCAUCACUCGCAUAAGCGGCAGUGUGAUAAUCGUCAUUAUCUCAUCAUGCAGGGCCUAUCAUUCAUGCACGAGUACCGUCGUGUUCGCGAGAAGCGUGGGGCUACACUGCAAGAACGUCAAGAAGUGGAGUUCAAUUUCGCCCGUGUCUAUCACGGUCUCAAUCUGUCCCACUUGGCUGUUGAAGGGUAUGAGCGAGUGCUUCAAAUUGGCAAGGAGAUCCAGCAGCAGGCCAUGAAACAGUCCGCCGGCUCAACGGAUGGCGAUGAUGUGAAUAUGGACGGCGCUAACGAUGUUGCCGUGAUUUCGGGUCCAAAGUUUGUCGAGGAUUUCUCGCGCGAGGCUGCAUUUGCUUUGCAAUGUCUCCAUGUAUUUGGUGGGGAUGCCCUUACCGCUAAGGAUGUCACAGAAAACUGGCUUGUCAUUUGA